AUGAAGGAAACUUUGUUAGUUUUACCUUUAUUUUAUAGGCUUUUAGGUGCUUUGCUGGGUUUUACCAUUUGUCGUAGCGCCUACAAGCGGACAGGUUAUUGGAGUUUUCUCCGGAUUUGCAAUUACUUGGGGUUCCUAAAUUGACAAGCUAGGUGGUGACCUUUCGCCAUGAGUCACUCCAUAUGGAGUAUUUAGGAAAUUCUGUUAGGUGUCCGUUAAAAAAAAAAAAGGAAAAAAGCCAGAGAAUUAAAGCUCUGAAAAUGCCCUAGGCAAUCACACCCUAAAGCUUACGAUUUUAAAGAAAAACUCCUACUGAAAAAAAGACGUGUUUGGACAUAGCUUUUACAAAGUUGUCUCCGCCUCUAAAAGCUCCUAAAUUUAAGACUAUUAAUACUAGCAUCAAGACAAAAAGACUCGGUUUCUAGCUCUAGAAGAGCUCCAUCUCCAGCAAAGGUAUCUUUAUAUUCAUGGUCUGACACUGCACAGUUGACAGUUGUUGAUUCAUCCCCGUUAAUUUUUGUUGGAAGGUUAUGGUUCCAUCCGAGACCAAAACACUUCAUCUGUUUGAAGCACGAUACCUUAAGUUGUUGGACGAGAGUUUAUUCAAAAAGAAGAAACUUUUUGUGCAUUUCGUGUUGGAUCCCAUCGUUGUGACUUCCUCGUCUAAAGAGGCAUCCUUCGCCGCUAGAUAUGCUUGUCUGGUUGUUAUAGACAAGGUUGAACAAUUAGAUGUUGGGGCCUUGGUUACUAUUAGAGGAAUUGGUCGUGUCACACUAGUCAAAUUUGCUAAGGCAGAUCCUUUCUUAGAAGGCAUCGUAUUACCGUUGCAAGAUAAUGUUCCACAGAGUGAAGUAGAACUAAAUUCUAAAGUUUUGGAACUGAAAGAAGCUAUUUAUGGCUUGAAUAGCCUGGAAAUAAAGUUAAAGGCUGCCAAAGAUGAACCGUUGCAGACCCAAACAGCGAAUGCCUUAGAAUGGGCUUUAAAAGAACCUUCUAUAGAUUGUGAAGAAGGUUUCAUUCCAUCAUUUGCUGAGCGUGUGUCCUUUGCAGCACUUCAAAAUCUUUCAGGAUCCACACAAUCAGAAAUGUUGAAUUUGAAGGCAGAAAAGUUGAAAGCAAUGGAUGUCAAAGAAACUUUACAACGGCUCGAAAGUUCUGUGAGCUUUGUCAAGAAUAGAGUAUCCAUGACUGCUGCCAAGCUUGCUAUUCAGUCAUUAAACAUGCAAUAGAUGAUAUUGUAUAUAAGUAGUUUAUGUUUUGUACAUUAUUAUUCUAUUUAUCAUUACAUGAUCCAUGGGUAUUAUUUUGAGUUACAUCGACUCUAUGAAAGUUGGAAAUGAUGUUUCUCCA